CCCAUUUUAAUACGCCCGUCCCUUUUUAGCUUUUAAUGCCCCGUUUUGACCGCAUAGAGAAAAGUGAACGGCAGAGAAACAACAGUGAAAGAGACGGGAGAUCUUGGAGAGGGAAGACAAGCUAUUUCACUGGAAAAAUAGCAGAGGUGAGCGAGGACCGGAGACUGAGGGGCGUAUUGUGCUUGGAGAUUUUAGAAGGUUAUCAAGCGGAUUUAUGUCGGCUGAGUUUGAUUUGGGUUUGAUUGUGGCUUUGUCGAUCUGCUGGAUUUACUCUUCUUCGGAUUUCAAAACGACCUACACUGGUUGUUUCGCUCUCUGCUUCUGUUCUCUCUGUUGCAUGUUACUCUGCUGCUUCCAGCAGAGUUUGAAUCCGGUGAACCAGUCUGUUCCGAUGCGUUUGAGACCUAAAAGGACUUGUUCUGGAGUCAAGUGUUUUGGGGGAUUUCACAUAAAUCGAUUAGAUUUUCUCUUCAUAUUCUUAAGAGGGGCUCUAACCUGACACUAGCCUGAUAAUCAGGGCUUCUCUAUUCAGUUUUCGUUUAAUUCCUCUGUUAUUUUUCUCUGCGAUUUCUGAAACUGUUCUCGGCAAUUUUUGAGGGAGGGUUUUGGUUGAGUUUUCUUCCUCAAAGAUGCCGGGUCCUAUGAUUCAAUAUUCGGAUAAGAACAAGUCCUCUACCAAGUCUAAAAUGACCAAACCAGUGUUACCUGAAGACUCCAGAGUGCGAAAAAUUAGGGUCAUCUGCAGUGAUCCUUAUGCUACCGAUUCAUCCUCUAGUGAGGAUGAAGCCGAUAUUACUGAACAAAAGUUCAAAUCAAAGCGAUACAUCAGUGAAAUCAGUCUUCCUCUUCUUAUUGUGCCUGGAUCCACCUCGUUUGAGCCAGAUGGUUCUAGUCAAGACAGCAAUACCAAACUUUCCCUCAAGAGGCAGAGGGCUUUGUCUAAAACCCCAACCUCCACCCCAACAUCACAAGCACCAGCUAGAAGAGUUGGUAUUAGGAGAAGGAAAUGGGGCAAAUGGGCAGCUGAGAUUAGAGACCCAUUCACCAAGGGUCGCAAAUGGUUGGGCACUUUCAACACUCCUGAAGAGGCUGCAAGAGCCUAUGAUGCUAAGAAGUCCGAGUAUGAGUCCAUGAUGAAGGAGGCUGCUGCUUCCACUAAUAAGGGCAUGAACUUGUCCUCUUCUGUUGCUCCCUGUCACUCUGCCAAUGACAACAGCUCCUCUGCUGAGAGUGCCUUGUCUCACACAUCUCCGUCUUCGGUUCUUGACCUGGACACUUCAGUCUCAAACGUGAAUGCUAAGUCCAGAAACUGUGAUGAUCCCAUCACGGAAUGUUUUGAGUUGGACACUUCAGUCUCAAACGUGAAUACUAUGUCCAGAAAGUGUGAUGAUCCCAUCACAGAAUGUUUGGAUGCUACUAGUGUCAUGGAUCUUGAAAUCCCUGCUGAUUUUGGUUUUAUUGAUGAGCCAUUACUAUCUGCUGCUAUUGAUCAAGACUUGAACUUUGGACCAGAGCUCGAUUGCCUGUUUGUGGAUGAUUGGAGACUACUCGACAGCUUUUGUAGCAUGGAUGAUCUCAGUAUUCGCGGAAUUGAAGAUGAAGAAGCUAGUGAGCUUCCCGAUUAUGAUUUUGAUCCUGGGAAUGAAGACAUUGGUUUAGCAGCGCCACUUGCUUCUGCAACACUUGAUAUCAAGUGCCUAUAAGUUUUUGAACCUAGGAAUUUUGAAGCAUAUAAUUAUAUAGAGUUAUGGUUAAGUCUAGUCAGAAACAACUCUUGAGAUGAGUUUUUGUUAAGUGAGGUUUUAAUUUUAUCUUGUUUGCGGAGAGUUAUGAGAGAUGGGAGUUUCAUGCAAUGUUAUUGUUCGGGGGCGUAACCUUGUGGGUUUUUUCUUGUGCUAUUUAGAGCCGUCCUAAGGGUUAUUUACUUGUCUGUUUGCAGAGUUUUAAGAAGGGUUUUGAUCAGCUCCUCUCAUCUCUCAUUCUAUUUCAUAUGCUAAGUUAUAUUAUGAAAUGAUUAAUUCUUCAAAAUUCUAGAGCCAA